AUGGAAAUCGUGCCUGAAAGAUUGCGAUCUGAUAUGCUGGACACGAUUCUAGCAUGUCGCUUCUGUUUGUCGCAAGACGUUCGCCUGACUUCAAUCUACGCAGCUCAGGAGCAUAAUAAAGGCAUUCCGCUAGAACUUCAAAUAAUGGCUUGCGUUGGAUUAGAGGUAUACAAAGAGGAUGGUAUGCCAGGUAUGAUUUGUGAAAAUUGCAGGGUCCUUAUGGGAUACUGCUACCAGUUCAAGCAGAUGUGCAACAACGCCGCUAUUCAGCUUAAAUCAUUCUUAAGUACAGGAAUUUUGCCAGAGAAGCAAUCCAUUCCCAAGGAGCUGAUGGCUUUAUUGCCAAACGGAAAACAACCUCAAUAUGCAUCGGCAAAACCUAAACUUACUGCGAACAUUGAAAAAAUUAAAGAAAGUGAAAAGAGUGGCACCAUCGUGAAGCUUAGUCCGAUCGAUUUAAAAAAUAUCAAACAAGCACAAAAGAGAAAUUUGAUUAUCAACAGCGUGACAUCAACGACACAGGCUUCGGACGUAGAACAAAGCAUUGUUUCAGAUAGUCCUUUAAGAACAUCUACUCCAAUUGUUAAGCGUCCAACACCGGACAACGCUCGCACGGGAACACAUUCAAAUGGAAAACAGAAGUCCCCUGGUAACUCCAAGGAUACGCCCAUUAUUCUGAACAAACUCGUCAAUUCCGCAACUGGAAAGGUCAAAGAAGAAUUUGUAGCUACCGGCGAAGGAACGGUAGAGAUGCUAGUGACCUACGACACUGUCCCAACAACCAGUGUUGCCGAAAGCCAACCGGAUCAAGUAUUUCCAUGCAACGAGUGUACACGUACAUUCCCGCUGAAGCAAUUGCUGGACAUCCAUCAGCUCAAUCACAAACGAGAGCGCAAUUAUCCUUGCAAUUUAUGUACCAAGCGAUUCUUUUCAAAGUACGAUUUGGCCAAACACUUUGCCACGCACACCGGCGAGCGGCCGUUCGUUUGUGUGAUUUGCCGGGCGUCUUUUUCGCGUUCAACGCUGCUAACUCGCCAUCAGGCAAUACACAAAGACGAACCGAAGCAUAUUUGUACGUUUUGUGAACGUACCUUCUUGUCACAGGAGGAAUUGAUCAAGCACAUAGAGAACCACGAGAAGAAUCGUCCGUUCAAGUGUGCCUCCUGUCCGAAGCAGUUUGCGUACAAACAGGGAUUGGAGAGACACGAAGUGGUGCACAAGGAAGUACUACCGUAUCAAUGCGAGUACUGUGAGCAAAGCUUUCUCACGCCAGUAAAAUUAUCACGUCACCUGAGCUCCCACGCGGGCGAUCGUCCAUAUCCCUGUCGAUUGUGCACGAAAUCUUUCCUGUUGAGUCACCAUCUAUCACGGCAUCUGCGUAGCCACAAUGCGUGUGGCCAGAGUGAGUACAAAUGUAACGACUGUAAGUCGCUGUUCAACAGCAUGGACGAACUGGUGAGGCACUCAGCGGAUCACACGUCCACGAACUUCACGUGCCCUUUAUGUCGUGAACAGUUCGAGGAUCAGAGAACGGUUGCACAGCACAUAAAAACGCAUUCGGGUCAUUCUCAAUACGCGUGCGAUUAUUGCGAUCUGAUGUACACGAGCGAGGCCAAGCUGGACGAGCACUGCCUCCAUCAGCACUUGAAUGAGUUGGCGUACGUACGAUCGGAAUUGCAACAUAAGCAGCUUAUCCAAGAGGACGGGAAUCAGUUCCAGAUUAAGAUCAACGGUGAAGAUCUUGACGAUGAAGCAGUACAAACCAACGAUUUAGAUGCCACAGAAGGGCAAUUUUCGAAGAAUAUCACGUUUCGGGUUUUCCUAUCCCCAGAUGAAUCUACCUUGGUUCCCGAUCCUCUGCAUGAAGGGGAAAUGUACGAGAUAACAGAAAUAGAACUAUCGCCUGUUGGCACUGACGAGAAAUCUACAAAGGAUGUUUUAUCGUUAACGGACGCCAUAAGCAAGGUGCAGCCCUCAUCAGUUUGUUCUUCGCCACCGAAGAAAAUUCAUAUGGUAGCUCUACCGGUAGCUCAAACGGCAGCAGCCUCAAUGUUGGAUGCGAAGGCCUCGCGCCUACAGCGGAUGGAAGAAUUUUACAAACGAAAUCAACAGGCGGCGGAGAAGAAAAUGGCACAGAGAAAUAUAUCCGACAUGUUGAAAAAGUUACCCAAAGGGGUUACAGUUAAAAGGCCGACACCGGCUAGUGCCUCGAGCAGCACAUCCGAUCUAGCAAAGGAAAGUGAAGAGAAAAUAUCGGUGAAAGAAAAAGAAGCUGCUCCUCCGGUUAGCGUGGCCGUCAAGAAAGGUCCUGGGAGACCACCGAAGGUUCCGAAACCGACCGAACCAAUGGAAGCAAAAGCAGCUGAUGUCAAGGAAUUGAAAAAGGAGGAAUUAAAAAAUCUCACUACAAUGCUUGCAAAGCAACACGUUCGGACUGAAAAACAAAUAACGGAUGUAAAAGAACUGAAACCUACGACUAGUGCCGUUGUAAUCUCCAGAGGUCAGGAAAACGCGGCAUCGACAUCCAAGGCGAUAAAGUCACGCGAAUCGACGGGAAUGAUACGAAGGACAUACGCACCGGGCGCAGCAACUGCAGUUGCCAAAAAACGUCCUGCGGAGAAAGAUGAUACUGAGGUGGAGACUCCAAGCAAGCGACCAGCACUUAGCCGAAAAACGCUAAAUCCUUCCAUGCUCUAUGGUGCGAGUAGCAAACAAGGAUCGAAAGAAGCUGGGACUGCAUCCGUCAGCAACAGCUCAGACAAAAUAAACGAGCGGACCCAGAAGCGAGUCUUAAAACCCAGCACGACAACUGCAGCUACGCCAAUGGAGGUGAACCUCGGUGGUAACACGGUCAAAUUGCAAAAAAUCAGCAAGGAGCAAAUGAUGGCUCGAACCAGCAAAGUGAAGGGCAAAAUGUAA